AUGGGUGGCCCAGGUUGUGGCAAAGGGACACAGUGCAAGAACAUGGCGACCAAAUAUGGCUUCUGCCAUGUGGGGCUGGGCCAGCUGCUGCGGCAGGAGGCCCAACGCAGCACCCAGCGGGGCCGGAAGAUCCAUAACAUCAUGCUGCAGGGGCUCCUGGUGCCCAUGGUGGGCCGGGCCACAGACAGCGUCAUCGUGUUUGACUGCUCCAUGGACAUGAUGGUUCGAGUGCUGCGCCGGGGCCGCGUAGAGCACCGGGCAGAUGACUGUGAGGCGGCCAUCCGCCAGCGCCUGGAGACAAACUACACGUUGUGUGAGCCAGUCUUGACCUUCUAGCAGCAGCAGAACCUGCUCUGUAAUAUCUUGGCAGAAGCAGCUCCAGAAAACAUUUUUGCUAGGUGCUGCUCCAUCAUUGAAAGCCUGCAGUGA